AUGCGUCUACUGCACCGGGUCUACGCGACCAGAAACACGACCAGGAAGCUUCCUCUUCUUGUCGAGCAAAGCAUAAAGAAGCUCGCCGUAUGGGUGAACCGGAGAAGUAGACAUCCCGGCGACGACACCACCCGUCCACCGACCACGACCACAACCACCAUUCCGCGCAACCGUCUCCCAAGUCCAAAACACAAGCACGCACGCGACCGCACGGUUGCAGCGACCAGGGUUUUGCACGAGAUGCAGGGGAGGAGGAGCAGCCGGUCGCGUGCCGCCAGCGUCGUCCGGCUGGGCCGCUCUCCGGCGCGCCGCGGCGGGAGCAGCGGCGCCGGCCGGAGGCUUCGGCUGCCCGUGCUCCCGACGACGCGGGGGUCGCGGUCGCGGAAGCGGGUCCUCCUCAGGCGCUCCGCCUCGGAGCCGACGCUCUGGUACGACGCGCGCGUCCACCCCGUGCCGCGGGACCUCUCCCCGCCGUCCCCGCCGCCGCCGCCGCUCGAGCGCCCGCAUACCUGCUACGACGUCUUCGCCCUGGACUGCCCCUCCACCAGCUCCGCCUCACUAGCCCUCUCCCUGCCCGAUCGCAAGCCCUGGGAGGAGGCGAAGGUGGUGGUGAGCGUGACGGUGGAGGGGAGCGCGGGGCCGGUGAAGGCGAUGGUGAGGCUCGGCUCCAGCAUCCGGGAGGCCAUCGCCGCCGUGGUGGAGAGGUACGACAGGGAGGGGAGGAGCCCCCGGCUGGACCCGGCGUCCGCGGACUGCUUCCAGCUCCAUCACUCUCACUUCUGCCUCCAGAGUUUAAACAAAAAUGACAAGAUUGGAGAUGUUGGUGGCAGAAAUUUCUACCUACACAAAAAUGAUGGAAGCAACGGGCUAGUUCUUCAGAGGGAAGAAUCCGGUGUACAUUUAAGUGGCGGUGCAAUUACACAGAGCUACGGAGGAGCUUUUGCUGGUGUCCCGUACCACCACCAGUUCUUUGCUAUUGUCUCCAAGAAGCUAGAUAAAAUCGGCAGGCGAACGAAAAGGAUCUGGAGGGUCCUGACCUGUAAUUGUACAUGACCUUAUCCUGUGGAUCUUGAUAGAACGAUAGUAGCCUAACCACUGUAUACAGGGUGUUUAGUUCUUACUAGUAGGUACUGAUCAGUAAAUGGUGUGGUAUUGAUGGUAAGGAAGAUGAGCUGAUGUAAAUAUGUAAUUGGAGCAAUGGAGCGAUAAGAUAACUCGCGAACGACUUGGCUUUUUAUUC